AUGGCCAGCGGAACACCCACGAACAUCAUCUCCCUGCCGGGAUGGCUGCUAGUCGCGGUUGCAGUUACUUGCUGGUACCAACCAUUGGUGGCAUCAUACAAUGUAGCGGAGCAUAGGCUGGACUACAUAAAAUUGGGCGAAGGUCGUGAGUACAACUAUCACUACAACGAUGGUGUAGCAUCCGGGUAUGAUAAGCGCAAAUUUUACAACAAACGCCCGCAAGCUUUCAAGCAGCCAUACACGGUAAAGAACUUCCCAACGCCAGUCGAGCAGAUUGCCACGAACGAGUUCCAAACGCAUCCUCAGCAAACGUACAUGUCGCAGGAGAGUUUACUACCGGUGUACGAGUCGCACGAGAAAACGGUCCAGUACGUACCAGUAGAUUACACGUCGUCUUCCUCAAAGCCAACCUCCACCGAACGGGGAUCGCCAUACUCUUUGACGCAGUCGGCCGGCCCAGUUUCCUACUCGGGCACCUUGGCCGAGCGAGUCAUCCAGAUGAUUCAAUUGCAUCAUCCACCUAGUGUAAAGAAUGUCAGUGCCGCCGUUUCAAACAGUGGCAGUGCCAAUGGUGCUAUCGGGACGGGCUUCCAACAGUCUAGCGUACAGUAUCACCAGCAUCCCGGAAGCUAUCAGUAUUUCAAUGCCCACCCAGCGCCAUCUACGUACGAGUUGGUACGACCCAUAAGCAACUUUCCACCGCCAAGGCCUUACAUUGCUCCGGCCUUGACCACUACCAAGGCACCGUAUGUUGCUCCGUUUCUACAGAGAACAUCCACCACAACCACCACGACUACGACAACGACCACGGCUGCCCCACCGCUAGCGACCAGGCGACCUCCGUACGUGGCACCCGUGGUCACGAAUGAUCCGCUACUCAGUUCGGUGUCGCUAGCAAACCAGCUCAAGUAUACCAGCUCCAGUCGGCCAGUAACGUCCAGUCGGCCGGCAACGUCCGCGGGUAGUGGCAAUCCGUUGCAACCGUACGAGCCCGAGUUCGAUAUAGAUAUACGAAUCGAUUUGCGCGAUGAUUCCGCGUAGUGUUCAUAAAUCUAUUCUAGCAUAAUUUAAGUUGCCUAUUUCCAUGCACCAUUAUUUCAUACGCCAACGUGACAAAUAAAAUGUUCCAUGCCGAAAUCGA